AUGCGCGUCGCAAGUACCGUCCUCGCCCUAUCCUCCGCCGCCUCAGGCUUCAUCCACCCCCGUCAAGCCUCCAAUGAGACAACUUCCACGCCUAACGUCGCGGCCGCUCAGUAUGACGGAUCUUGCUUCUACCCCGUCCCAGACUCCAAGUUCAACCUAGAAGCGUACCUUGGAACCUGGUAUCAAGUCGCCGGUACACCAUUCGGUCCUACCGCUGGCGCACGCUGCGUAACCGCAAACUACUCACUCAAUGACAAUGGCACGGUGCGUGUUGUCAACACUGCGACUGUUGGCCCACAAACUAUCGACAUUAUCGGCACCGCCACGCCCGUAGAUUCUGCUUAUGGCGCCGGCGGAGCUUUCGUCGUCAGCUUCCCUGGCACGCCUUCGACAGCGGAAUGCCCUGGACCCAACUACAUUGUGCAAGAUUACGCCGUCGAUUGGGCGAUUGUGCAGACGCAAAAUUGGAGUACACUGUACAUCUUGAGCAGGGUACGACAGCCAGCCCCUGCUAGUAUCGAUGCCUGGAUUGACCGCGCUGUGGCCUUUGGAUCCGAUGGGGCGUCCAUUGCCAAGUUCAACCAAACGGGUUGUGAGUAG